CAGCUCCCAAUCCCCAACAAAUCCACACCCCACGGGGUCGCCACCAAAACCCUAAACCCCCUCUCGCUUCCCUCCCCUUCCCUCCCCGUACUGGCCAUGGCGGCGGCGCUGCUUCUCCGAGCCGCGCGCCGGCGAGACCUCGCCUCGCCUCUCGGAACCUUGACCGCCAAUGUUCAAUCAGCAUAUUCUGCUAAUAUUUGUUCAAAAUGGGGUAGUUUUGCAAGAACUUUCAGCGCAAAACCUACUGGAAAUGAGGUUAUUGGAAUUGAUUUGGGAACAACUAAUUCUUGUGUUUCUGUUAUGGAGGGAAAGAACCCCAAAGUUAUAGAGAAUUCAGAAGGUACCAGGACAACACCGUCAGUUGUGGCCUUUAAUCAGAAGGGAGAGCGACUUGUUGGAACUCCAGCCAAGCGUCAAGCAGUGACAAACCCACAAAACACUUUCUUUGGCACGAAACGUCUGAUUGGGAGGCGCUUUGAUGACCCACAAACACAGAAAGAGAUGAAAAUGGUACCAUUCAAAAUUGUGAAGGCUCCAAAUGGUGAUGCUUGGGUGGAAACAACAGAUGGCAAGCAGUACUCACCAAGCCAGAUUGGUGCAUUUGUUUUGACCAAGAUGAAGGAGACUGCUGAAUCUUACCUUGGCAAAACUGUUUCAAAGGCUGUGAUUACAGUCCCAGCUUAUUUUAAUGAUGCUCAGCGUCAGGCAACCAAGGAUGCUGGUCGCAUUGCCGGACUUGAUGUUCAAAGGAUCAUCAAUGAACCAACUGCUGCUGCUCUGUCUUAUGGAACAAACAACAAGGAGGGUUUGAUAGCUGUAUUUGAUCUGGGAGGUGGGACGUUUGAUGUCUCGAUUCUGGAAAUCUCCAAUGGGGUGUUUGAGGUCAAAGCAACAAAUGGUGACACUUUCCUGGGAGGAGAAGACUUUGAUAACACUCUUUUGGAGUUCUUAGUGAGUGAAUUCAAGAGGACUGAAGCUAUUGAUCUGGCGAAGGACAGACUGGCUCUGCAGAGGUUACGCGAAGCUGCUGAGAAGGCAAAAAUUGAACUCUCAUCAACUGCCCAGACUGAGAUUAACCUUCCAUUCAUCACAGCUGAUGCCUCUGGAGCUAAACAUUUGAAUAUCACACUUACAAGGUCAAAGUUCGAAUCAUUGGUGAACAGCCUCAUUGAGAGGACCAGAGAACCGUGCAAGAAUUGCUUGAAGGAUGCUGGUAUUACUACCAAGGAGGUUGAUGAGGUUCUUCUUGUUGGUGGGAUGACUAGGGUUCCAAAAGUGCAGGAAAUUGUUUCAGAAAUUUUUGGCAAGUCCCCAAGCAAAGGUGUCAACCCAGAUGAAGCUGUGGCCAUGGGUGCAGCUAUACAGGGUGGUAUUCUUCGUGGAGAUGUUAAGGAGUUGCUUCUCCUUGAUGUUACUCCCCUUUCACUUGGUAUCGAGACUCUUGGUGGCAUCUUCACCAGACUGAUUAACAGGAACACUACAAUCCCCACAAAGAAAAGUCAGGUGUUCUCAACUGCCGCUGACAACCAGACCCAAGUUGGUAUUCGUGUAUUGCAAGGUGAGCGUGAGAUGGCAACAGAUAACAAACUUCUCGGCGAAUUUGAUCUUGUCGGUAUUCCACCAGCACCGAGAGGUAUGCCACAGAUCGAGGUCACAUUUGACAUCGACGCCAAUGGAAUUGUGACUGUCUCUGCAAAAGACAAGUCUACUGGGAAGGAGCAACAAAUCACCAUCCGAUCCUCCGGUGGCCUUUCAGAGGCUGAGAUUCAGAAGAUGGUCCAGGAGGCUGAGCUUCACUCUCAGAAGGAUCAGGAGCGAAAAGCCCUCAUCGACAUCAGAAACACAGCUGACACUACCAUUUACAGCAUUGAGAAAAGUCUGGGAGAGUACAGGGACAAGAUUCCUGCAGAGGUUGCCACCGAGAUUGAGACAGCCGUUGCUGAUCUCCGCAGCGACAUGGCCUCAGAUGACAUUGAGAAGAUCAAGUCCAAGAUUGAAGCAGCCAACAAGGCUGUCUCGAAGAUUGGGCAGCACAUGUCUGGUGGUGGUGGCGCCGGUGGUUCACAGACAGGAGGAUCACAGGGCGGAGGCGAGCAGCAGGCUCCAGAGGCUGAGUACGAGGAGGUCAAGAAGUGAAAACUGGUUGUGCAAACAGGUUGCCCUGCUUUUAGAGAUAGCAGCUAGUUUUUUUUGGAAGAGGCCUGGAUGCUAGGACCUUGCGCAUUGUAAUAAGUUUUGUCAUACGAAAACAUAUCCUAAGCUCGUAGGCCGUCUAGUUGUGUUGUAAUGCAUGACUUGGCUGCAUUGGCUCCUUUUGCUUGCGGUACAUCGCGCUAACAGGACGUGAUCUUUGAUUUUUUUAAAA